UCUAUGUACUGGACGCUAAGGGGAGACGUUGCUUGGCAACCACAACAUACAGUAGAAGAAGUCCAAACCGGAAGUAGCUUCCCGUUUGGCUCGUUGUCUUAUUUUACGCGUCAAUCUUCCUACCCAGAUAAAAAAUGGCUGAAGUAGAGGAGACUCUGAAGAGAAUUCUAGGCCAAAAAGGAGUUCAGGGACUCAUUAUCGUCAAUUCUGAUGGAAUCCCUAUCAGGUCAACGCUGGACAACACAAGCACGGUGCACUACGCUGGUCUCAUCCACCAGCUGGUGAUGAAGGCCAGAAGUACCAUCCGUGACAUUGACCCCCUCAACGACCUCACCUUCCUGCGCCUGCGCUCCAAGAAAAACGAGAUCAUGAUUGCACCAGACAAGGACUACUUCAUGAUCGUCAUCCAGAAUCCUUCAGACUGAAGCGGAAGGAAAAGCUUUUUCCAUUUUGCUUCCAUUUUAUUCUGCUCAACAACAUGCAAAUAUUUAUCAGAUUUUUGCUUUUUUUUUUUGCUGUCAUUUGCGCUUGUAACAAAUCACAUGUUGAAUAAAUAAUUAUCACAAUGA